UCAGCACGCCGCCUCCCGCUGCUGCAAGCGAACAAGGGCGUGCUCAGGAGCUUGAAUCAGGCGAAGAGCCAACGAAAGUUGUCUCUUCCCUCGUUUCCUUCGACUCCCACUGUCUUUGCGAUGAAUCGAGCCUCGCAUUCCAGCAGGGCAAGCACCGUCGGUGACCAUGACGGACGCCCUAACAAGCCCGACAAGAAGUCUUCGCCAACCUCUCCAGACUCGACUCCCGCCCCCGCCUCGUUUCUGUCUUUAUUCAGAUUCUCGACACCCAUCGAAAUAGCCCUUGAUAUAUCAGGCGCGAUAGCUGCAGCCGCAGCUGGCGCCGGGCAGCCACUGAUGACCCUCCUCUUCGCGAAGCUCACUCAAGACUUCCUGGUCUUUCAGACGGCGGUCGCGCAAGCCGACUCCGGAGAUCAAGGCGCAGUCGAGCGCCUGCCCCAGGUCGCCAAGCAGUUCUAUCACUCAUCUAGCCUCAACGCGUCGUAUUUGGUAUACCUAGGAAUCGGCAUCUUUGCCGUCACCUACUACUAUAUGCUCGUUUGGACGUGCACCGGCGAGAUCAACGCGAAGCGCCUCCGAGAGGAGUAUCUCAAGGCCACCCUCCGCCAAGACAUCGCCUACUUCGACACGAUUGGCGCCGGAGAGAUCGCCACCCGCAUCCAGACCGACACGCAUAUGGUCCAGCGAGGCACGUCUGAGAAGGUCGCGCUCAUCUGUCAGUACCUCAGCGCAUUCGUCGCCGGCUUCAUCCUCGCAUACGUCCGCUCCUGGCGCCUCGCGCUCGCGCUCUCGUCCAUCAUACCCUGCAUGGGCCUCUUUGGCGCCAUCAUGAACUACUUCACGUCGAAGUUUGUGCAGCGAAUAUCCAAGCAUAUAGCACAGUCGGGGUCCGUCGCGGAGGAGAUCAUAUCGACUGUCCGCACGGCGAAGGCGUUUGGGACGGAGGACACGCUCGCCUCGCUGUACGACGACCACAUCAAGCGAGCGCACGUGGAGGACCUCAAGAACUCGCUGGUCCAGGGAUUCGGCACCGCGUCGUUCUUUUUUGUGAUCUACGGCUCCUAUGCGCUCGCCUUUAACUUCGGUACCACGCUCAUUCUGCACGGCGAAGCGGAUCCCGAGAUUGUCGUCAACGUGUUCUUCUCCAUCUUAAUCGGCGCAUUUUCUAUGGGACUGCUCGCGCCAGAGAUGCAAGCCGUCAGCCAGGCCCGCGGCGCGGCCGCGAAGCUCUAUGCAACGAUCGACCGCGUGCCGCAUAUCGAUGCGUAUAGCGAAGCCGGUCGCAAGCUCGACACGGUGCACGGCGACAUUACGCUGGAAGGCGUCAAGUUUGCGUACCCGGCUCGCCCGGACGUCCAGGUCGUCAAGGGCGUCGACUUGCAUUUCCCGGCGGGGAAGACGGCGGCGCUCGUUGGCGCAUCGGGGUCUGGAAAGUCGACGUCCAUCUCGCUCGUCGAGCGCUUCUAUGACCCGGUGGAGGGCGCCGUGAAGCUCGAUGGCGUGGAUCUGAAGGACCUCAAUGUGAAGUGGCUGCGCUCCCAGAUCGGUCUCGUCAGCCAGGAGCCCACGCUCUUCGCCACCACCGUCAGGCAAAACGUCGCGCACGGCCUCAUCAACACGCGCUGGGAGCACGCGCCGGCGGAGACGCAGUUCGAGCUCGUCCAGCGCGCGUGCAUCACCGCGAACGCGGACGAGUUUAUCCAGCGGCUGCCGCGCGGGUACGACACCCUGGUCGGCGAGCGCGCGAUGCUCCUCUCCGGCGGGCAGAAGCAGCGCAUCGCGAUCGCGCGCGCGAUCGUCUCCGACCCGCGCAUCCUCCUCCUCGACGAGGCGACGAGCGCGCUGGACACGCAGUCGGAGGGCGUCGUGCAGAGCGCGCUCGACCGCGCGGCGGCGGGGCGGACGACGAUCACGAUCGCGCACCGCCUGUCGACGAUCAAGGACGCGGACGUGAUAUUUGUGAUGGGCGAGGGGCUGCUGCUGGAGCAGGGCACGCACGCGGAGCUCUUGCGGAACGUCGAUGGACCGUACGCGCGCCUCGUCGAGGCGCAGAACAUCAAGCAGGCGGACGAGGCGGCGCGCGCGGCGGACGACGAGUCGGGCGAGGAGGACGUGGCCGUCGCCGAGCCAGUCAUCAUGGAGAAGAAGAAUUCGCGAUCGCGAAGGUUCAGCGUGCGCCCGAGUACGGCGCGGUCGUAUGCUAGCGACAUCGCCAGCGAGGCCGGCGCGGUCGACAGCGGCGCUGAGCCGGACCGCGAGUAUAGCUCGCUCGCCCUAUUGAAGCGCAUGGGCCGCAUCAACCGCGACGAGCGAGUGCUGUAUAUCCUCGGGAGCCUGGCCGCGAUAUGCUCUGGGGCCGUGUACCCCGCCUUUGGGAUCGUCUUUUCGCACGCGUUGCUUGGCCUUUCCGCGGAGGACGCGGGCGUGAAGCGCCACGAGGGCGACCGCAACGCUCUCUGGUUCUUCAUCAUCGCCAUCGGUUCGACCAUCGCCUCUGGUGUGCAGAACCACGCCUUCACGGCCUCUGCCGCCGCUCUGAUCUCCAAGCUGCGCUCGCUGUCGUUCAGGGCCAUUCUCCGUCAAGAUGUACAAUUCUUUGACAAGGAUACGAACAACGCUGGGUCCUUGACCUCUAGCCUCAGCGAGAAUGCUCAGAAGGUUAAUGGGCUCGCGGGGAUCACUCUCGGCGUACUGGUUCAAAGCAUAUCUACCUUUAUCUGUGGUGUUGCUAUCGGCACGGCGUACUCGUGGAGGCUGGGUUUGGUAGGCCUGGCUUGUACCCCGAUCCUAGUCUCAACCGGAUACGUCGCCCUGCGCGUCGUCGGCACCAAAGACCAGAAAAACAAGCAGGCGCACGGGGAGUCAGCGCAACUGGCCUGCGAAGCAGCGGGCGCCAUCCGGACGGUCGCUGCGCUCACGCGAGAGCGCGACUGCUUGGCGCUGUAUAGCAAAAGUUUGGAGAGGCCAUUGAAGACGUCCAAUCGUGCCGCUAUCUGGGACAACAUGCUCUUCGCCGCCUCACAGGCCAUGGCCUACUGGAUCAUCUCCUUGGCUUUCUGGUACGGUGCGAAGCUGGUCGCGGCUCGGACGAUCGAGGUGUCUGCGUUCUUCGUCGCCUUGAUGAGCACUACCUUCGGCGCUAUUCAAAUCGGCAAUUCGAUCAUGUUCGUCAACGACGUGGCCGGCGCCAGAGGGGCAGCGAGCGACAUUCUUGCUCUCAUCGACUCGCGGCCGGAGAUCGACGCCGACAGCAAAGAGGGAGAGAAGGUAGCGCGCGAGUCGACGGUCGGCGAGAUCCGCUUCGAGAAGGUGCACUUCAGGUAUCCUACCCGCCCGGGUGUCCGAGUUCUGCGCAAGUUCGAUUUGACCAUCAGCCCGGGUACCUACGUGGCCCUGGUCGGUGCGAGUGGAUCCGGCAAGUCGACGACCAUACAACUCAUCGAGCGUUUCUACGACCCGAUGCAUGGCGCUGUAUACCUGGACGGUCGCCUCGUCUCGCAACUCAAUCUUGCCGAGUAUCGCAAGCAGAUUGCUCUCGUGUCUCAAGAACCUACGCUAUACUCAGGGACCGUGCGCUUCAACAUCCUUCUCGGCGCUUCCAAGCCACCAUCCGAGGUGACGCAAGAGGAGCUGGACGACGCUUGUCGUAAGGCCAACAUACUCGACUUUAUCCAUCGUCUGCCAGACGGGUUCGAUACAGAGGUCGGAGGGAAAGGAAGUCAGCUGUCUGGAGGCCAGAAACAACGCAUCGCUAUCGCGCGCGCCUUACUCCGCAACCCGAAGGUGUUGCUCCUCGACGAGGCUACGUCUGCACUGGACUCGACGUCGGAGAAGAUCGUCCAAGCUGCGCUCGACCAGGCCGCGAAGGGCCGCACGACUAUCGCCAUCGCGCACAGGCUGUCGACGAUCCAGAACGCUGAUAAGAUCUGCUUCAUCAAGGAUGGAUCGGUCAGCGAAGCGGGUACGCACGAUGAGCUCGUCGCCCUCAAGGGCGACUACUACCAGUAUGUCCAGAUGCAGACCUUGAGUGCCAAGUAGUGUAUUUCCUGGGUCGUUGUUCUGCUUCUUCGAAGAAUCUAUAAAGCUACGCGUCCUGUCCUUACGAAUGCUACAGUACUCAUAGUUACUCGCGACUCACCUUCUC